AUGGAGCAACCCCUCUUGCCCAAGGAGGAGAAGCGAGCCUCGCAUUCAAGCAAGAAGACGGGAAGAUCGCGUUUCGAGGACGAAUCGCCCCCUCCCACCAUCGAGUUCCUCAUGCGGGAUCCCAACGUGACUGGGCAGACCCCGAGAGCAAUUCCACCACCACUUCUCGCUCCGAAUCGUGCGAGCUUGUCGUCAAUCAUCUCCAAAACCGUACGCUCGGCGCCCAGUUCACCGACGGAUCAGUCCAAAGCGUCCACCUUUCGCGAUAGUUUCGUCGCCAAAUUGAUCCGGCCCAUCAAAAUCAAAACAAGCGGCGACAAGCCAGUGUUCUCGUGCAAUGUCGUUGACCCAUCGGAGACGAGUUCCAUCAUCUCCGACCGUCCAGCGACUGUCACACCACGAACUCCUGUCACACCACGAACUCCUGUCACACCACGAACUCCUGUCACACCACGAAAGCCUGUCGCCUCGACGAGUACUGCAACAGUGCGACCUCCGACCUUGCGCAAGCAGGCAUCGUCCGAUUCGGCUACAUCUUGGAUUUCCACCUCGAAAAGGCUCACAUGGCCUGUACCUCCCUCAUCCGAUGUGGACAAUGCGGAGUCCUUCUCAUCAAGCAAACACUGUCCCACAGCCCACGGCCUCUGGCAUCCGGACCCGACAACCCCUGGUCCGAGCGGCUCAAGCGAGCUUGAGCUUGGCUCUGAAUAUGGAGACAAGGAACAAGCUUGGACGCGCUCUUUACGGACCCGGAUGAGGACGCCGGUCUCGAAUGUGAUGAAGGCUUCUUUGAAGCGGCGGGAAAGUACAACCUCGUUCAUUUCCCGCGAUGCUCGACCCAAGACAAUGGCGGUCGAGUUUGCCAAAGACUUGGGAUUGUUGUCGUUUCCUUGUACUUUGGACGAGCUGGAUUCGAGUCAGCGCGAGAUGUAGGUCCCGACCUGAGAUACUCCCGCACUCUGUUGCGCAGGAACCAAGAACCCUGAUUUCGAUUUUCUAAGUUUUUCAGAGCGUCGGGAGGCAUCCCAGAGCUGCUCUGCAGUCCACUACUCUUCACUCGAUCGACUUCUGCCGUCGACGUCAGUUCACCCACCCUCAUUUCGGAGCAGCUGGGGACACGUCCCUCGAUCGAGCAAUUGCAAUUUGUUCAUCUCGUCCUUUCGACGUACGCCCUCUCGAAUCUCGCUGAGCCACUCGCACCGAGGAAGACGGCGGUCGCACUGCACGCGUUCCCGGCUCGGACACUUGCGGAAGGCGCAGCAAAACUAUGCAAUGAGGUCCGUCGGCUUCGGUUGACUGCGUCAACAAGGGUUCAAAAAGCGCUUAGUGCGACGCCGGGCGAGACCACGGACGAUGCGGAUGUCAAGUUCGUCCUUACUGUCACUGGCAUAGCGAUGACUGAAGGGUCACCCGAGAGAGAGGAGUCAUGGCUCGCCAUCUUGACCAGUGGACGUGAACGCGAUGCAUGGGGUAGAGUACUCAAAGGAGCGGUUGCUGAUGUGAGGAAGAUGGAGAAGAGUCGUUCUCUGCACCACUGA